AUGAACGCGGUAGUAAUACUCGCGUUGGUUAUCGCCGCAGCGGCCGAGCCGCAGUACAAUUCAUUCAAUCCAUUCCCCGCGGUAUCGCAAUCACAAUCACAACCUGGUUACAACUAUCAACAACCGCAAAUACGACAACAACCUGGUUUCAACUACCAACAACCACAAUUUGGUUUUAAUUAUCAACAACUGCAACCUGGUUACAAUUAUCAGCAACCUCAAAGGCCACACCCAGUUUAUAUCUUCCCACAACCGCAGCCUGGAUUUAACUAUCCUCAACCACAACCGCUUUCGCAACCACAACCCCAGUUACAAUUUGGUUACAACUAUCCACAACCACAACCCCAACCACAACCGCAACCGCAACCUCAACCGCAACCUCAACCGCAACCUCAACCGCAACCUCAACCGCAACCUCAACCGCAACCUCAACCGCAACCUCAACCUAUUUAUCCUAUCGAUGUAAGAUCACAAGCCCGUGUUCUACCGCAACCACAACCCCAGCCACAACCUGGUUACAACUAUCCACAACCACAACCGCAACCACAACCUGAACCUAUUUACCCUAUCGAUGUAAGAUCACCAGCCCGAGUUCAGCCCGUACCAACAGCACAAACGAUUACCGUCACACAAUCCCAACCAACCUCCCAACCACAGUUGCAAUCAUCACCGCAAUCACUUUUCUUAUCACAACCAGAAUCAACUUUGCAGCCGGAACUGCAAUCUUCCACACAACCGCAAUCAUCGCCGCAACCACUAUCGUCACCGCAACCGCAACCACUUUUUAUAUCACAACCGCUGUCAACCUCCCAACCAGAAUUGCAAUCAUCUACGCAAACACAACCAACAUCUUUUCCGCAAACAAUAUCUUCAUUUAGCCCCGCAUCAUCUUCCCAAACCACUCCUGUGUUAAUAUCACGACCUCAAACAUCACCGCAGCCAUCAACACAGUCUUCACCCCAACCGUCUCCACAACCACUUUCAAUAGCUGAAGCCAGUCCAUCUUAUGACCCUCCUCAACCACAAUCUUCUCCACAACCACAAUCUACCACACAAUCACAGCCAACCCCACAGCCUACCGCAAUACCACUUCCUAGAUCUUCUUAUGGUCCACCACCACUACUUCCUCAACCGCAACCAACCCCCCAACUGCAGCCAAUAUCACAGUCGCAACCAAUGACACAAUCACAACCAAUACUACAGUCGCAACCUAUACCCCAACCGCAACAAAUAUCCCAACAGCAAUUAAUACCUCAACAGCAAUUAAUACCCCAGCCGCAAUUAAUAACUCAACCUCGUACAGCUUUUGGAGCAUCCACACCGAUUCGUAACCUUACUCCUUUAAAUCCGCAACAACCUUUUUACCAACCUAGUCUUCAGUACCAGCAAGCGCCUAUUCAAUAUUACCAACAACAGCAACAACAGAAUCAGGCAUUCACUUCUCAGCAACGAUCACAGUUUAACGCGCAAUUUUUGUCACAACCAGUACAAUCGAUUCCACAAUUAUCGAGUUACCAGGCUGACUUUAGCCAAUACAAUCCCCAAAGACAAGCUUUUAAUGGCCCACUAGAUGAUACAGUUAUAUCUAGAGUACAAAAUAUCUUGAGAGAUAACGAACAAUCUUUAGCUAAAAAUGCAGGAUAUCAGUCGGUAGUGUCAGGAGUAGCCUUGGGUAAUGCUCAACCUAGCCUUGAAAUCUUAUCAUUUGUACAAAAUUCUCCUGUGCCUAGAAACCAAAAUUUGCAGUUGCUAUCACAGGGAUCCUCAAGUGCUUCAGCAUUUCAAGGCAGUCAAUCUAUAGGUUCGAGCAGCAAUGUUGGUUUCUUACGACGAACCCCACCAGCUACCUCGUAUGGGGUACCAAAUUAA